AUGCCUCUAGAAGACGAUGUGUUUGAUCUGCAAACGCAUCUCUUACACGGAAUGAUUCACACCAAUGGAUAUGGUCAUUUGAUAUGCGUCAAUGGCAUGGAAGGUGGAUCAAAACACUUAUGCGGAAGAGAAAUUGUGGAUCUUUGGGAUCGAAUAUGUACAAACCUUGGAGCAAGGAUGAUUACAGUUGAAGAUAUCUCUAAGAAGAGCUACGGUGUGACCAAGAGCGAUUACGAGAAUGCUAUAGAGCUUCUAGGUUCUCUUGAACUUGAUCAGGUUGAAUCUGCUUUCAAUGAGCAUAAACAGUUCAAAGAGGUCAAGCAGAUCUUCAGAUACUACAGAGACAUGAGUGAAGGUCAUUUGAAAACGUUGAGAGAUCUUUUGAGGUUUAUGCUCAUUAUAAAGUCACAUGCUCAGCAAAGUAGUAAGCUUCGUGCAGCGGUUUUGCCUCCUACAAUGGAGAGUCCUCAUUCAAAAAGAUCCAACAGACUGUUCUUGAAGAAGAGUGAUGCUGUGGAGAAUGAGAAGUCUUCUAAGAGGUUUAGGAUUUAUAGCGAUGUUGCAGCUAAUUUGGGAAGUAGAUGGCCAGUGAGGAGACUUGAAUACGCAGCUGAAGUGAUUGUAGAGUCACUGAAAGAGAUGAAAACGUUGAAUCAGAACGGUAUGACUCGUCAAGAUGUGAGGGAUGCAGCAAGAUUACAUAUUGGAGACACUGGUCUGCUUGAUUACGUGUUGAAGUUGAUGAACAAUGUUGUUGUUGGGAAUGUUUUGGUCAGACGUUAUGUUGAUCCGCUUACAAGGAUACUACAUUACACAAUCCAGGAGCUUGGUGAUGAUCAUCAUGAUGCGACGAAACUGAUUGGCCGAAGAGAGAAGAAGCUGCAACAGAUCAAUGAGCUUCCACCAGGAGAGUUAGUCACAGUCUUGCUGCAAGCCACAGUCUUUGAUCUGAAACAAGCUAUUGAAGACACUUUCAGAGAUACUUAUUGCAUUCUAACAAACUUCACGGUGAAUGAGAUCGAUGAGCUUGAGGAAGAUGAUAGGAAUUUGCUGUUUGGAAGAGUGGAGAAUUGCUCUGCUUUGACAGUGAGAGGGUUUGGGAUUGAGGAAAUCGAAGCUCAAGUUUCAAGCAUACGAGAUCCUGUGGGAUUGAUGAUUCUGAUACUUUGCCCCCACUUUAUGUUUGUUCUAAUUGCUGUGAAGAGUUUGCAGUAA